AUGGCGUCUAUUGUCAAAACAUUUGUAGAUGUGGGGAACAUCUAUACUCAGCAUGAACCGGUGUUGAAACGAACUCUGCUGCAGCUUUUUAGUGGUCGACUUUCUGUUGAUCUGUACCCGUACCUGACACCACCCCCCACAGCCGUAGCAAACAGUUCUCAGCCGCAGAAACAGAUGAAUGUUCGACCAAAGGAUGUAACCGCGUUCAUAUGUGGCGGGUUUACGUAUGAGGAGGCCGCUUUAGUGAAUGCAAUCAAUGCGGGUACGGCGUUUACGGGAUCCGCAGCCAACCAACUUCCCCAGGGGGGAGUGCGUGCCUCCAUUGGUGGAACGACUGUACUGAACAGUGAGAUGUUUCUCAACUUGCUAUCCACCCACCCAUGA